AUGAUUGUGAAAAUAGAAGUGACCAACUAUCCGACGGAAUUUUUGAAUUCGCUUAAUGUGCCAGGUACUCCGUCGCAUAAUUUACAACUGAAGGUGGAAACGUUCAUAACCAUAUUACGAUAUCUGAAUCAUCCGAAAUUGUUUAACGGUAUGCGAUUGUCCGUCAAGAAACUGAUGAACAUUGCGAUGAUCAUCAAGGGCAAAUUCAAAGGAUAUGAAGUCCUCAUCCCGCUAAUCUCGAUUAUUCCAACUGAUCUUCCAUUACAAUUCAAGUGGAUUCAGUUCUCUGUUCGACAGGGGGCGUGUUUAGACUUAUUUCUAGGGGAAGGGGCGACUCAAAUUGUUUCUUUUUCCAAUUUUUGGUAA